AUGAGAAUAAUUAUAACGCCUUCAGACGCGGCUGGUGGAGAAGCUGCCGGUGAACAAACUGUUAUAGCUUCAUCUUUGAUAUCUAAAACAAUUGCUAGUAAUCAGCAACCAACGAAUCUGGAUUUAAUGUAUACAACAACUGCUUGCUGUGGUUGGACGAUGUUUAUCAACAUCUAUCAGCCACAACAAGCAGUUGAUGUACAGGAACAGCAGCAGUGGAAACCAAAGGCAAAGAACCUGAAAUUUAAUUAUGUAAACCUUUCCAAGCAUAAUACCAACGAAUCUGGAUUAUUGUUUUCCAACCAGCAACGACCAAUGAAUCUAGAUUUAAUGUCAACCAACCCUCACAAGCAUUUCUUUUCAACCGGUGCUCCAAACCUCGCUACCUGA